CCUUUGCAAUGUAUAUUACAUGCUUGGCACUCAGUAGUGUCUGUUUCUUUAAGACCCUCCAUUUUCUUGAAGCCUAGAGGCGGGUCUUCUCUGUACUCUCUAGGGCUUGCUGGGACAUAUCCUGUUCAGUCCAGCUCUGGGUACUAUAGUGACCAGAUCCACAGGACAUCUUAAAGCUAUUACAGAUUGCAAACCUGACGAACACCAAAGCCUGUGAGUAAAGGGGUUUUGCUAGUUCAGCUUGUGUAGAGGGAUGUUAGACAUUGCAGAUAGAUAAUGUGUGUUUCAGUGUAGUAAGCAAGCACAUGUUAGUUAGGCCCUAUCUUUUGUAUUAGCUCUGUAUAAUGUAUGUUGCUUGAAUUAGCCAUGCUUAUAUUUCUCUUUUUAUGUUUGUUUCACAGUUUUACCUCACAUAUCAUCCCAUAUCAUAUCAUAUGAACAUUAUUGUACACAUUCCUGUUCAUUAUAUCUCAGUAAAGAUUGCAUCAGUUCAGCAAACCAGCGCAUCUUUCAUUGGGAUUCGGUUUAUACUUGAUGUUAAGCUGUGUACCUAAAGCAACACGCAGCCGAGACAUUAAAGUAAAAAGGCUUUAAAACGUUGUCAGAAGCAGUUAAACAGCUUUAAAUCGUCCUCCGCAGUAAAAGGACUAAUAACUCCUUUCAGCCACGUGGAGUGAAACGAAAGUGAAACUAAUUUCUCUCACUCACUACAACACUGAUACUGCCUGUGUCCAGUCAUCAUCAUUAUCCACGCUGCCAGCUAAAUCAAGAUGCAGAACACAGGGAACAACACUCUGACAGUUAACCCUCAAUGCUCCUAUAAGGAAGAUGACACACACAGCUUGCCAAGAAUCAAGUCUAGAUACACAACACUGUCUAGAGCAUUCAGUCAAACAAAUCUGACUUCAGCUAGCGCCGAUUCAGCAAGAUCUAAGCGUACUAGUUCUAGACGUUCAGGCAUCACCAGUCUGUCAUCGGCUAGCGACAAAGCGACUAAAGCAAGAGCAAAAGCAGAGGCAGCUUGCGCCAUGGCUUCUUAUGCGGAGCAGGAAGCUGAAUUGAUGAGAGAGCAAGCAAAAAGUGAAUCUGAAGCACUUAAAAAGAAAGCAGAAGUGGAAGCAUCUUUACACUUACUCAAACAGCAGAAAAACGCAGCAGCAGCCUUAGCCGAGGCAGAAGUUUUCACAAGGGCUGCUGAAGCUCAGUUUGAUGGCAUAGAAAAACAGAUGUCAUCCCACAGCGCAAUCCAACGCACCCGUGAGUACGUACAGUCACAAGCAACCAUGUACACUGACCAGCAGUACAAUGAUGCACCUAGGUCUUCAUUGACUCCACCAGCAAUCAGCAACUUUGAUACUACGCAACAUUGCAAGACUAAAUCAGAAUCUCAGUGUGGGAAGUCAAGCGGUCGCAUGCUUAGAGACCAAUCUGCCAACCCUCCAAGAGUUCAAACGGAUGCUCGCGUACUCCCUCCUCAAGCAAAUACAAGUCUGGAUUAUAGCAGAAAGACUUACAACAGACGAGAACAACCACCUAAACAAAGUGGAUUCAGACAAGCGCCUCAUCAGCCUUACCAGCCGCAACCAUACCCUGAGUUUACACCCGAGAAGUAUUCGCCAGACGCAACAAGUGCUAUAGAAGUGGCAAAAUUCCUGAUGCACCGUGAGAUAGUGGGCGCUGGUCUCAUGAAAUUCGAUGACCGUCCAGAAAACUACUGGGCCUGGAAAUCAUCUUUCCUGAGCGGUACCCAAAACUUAAACCUGACAGAGAAAGAAAAGCUUGACCAGCUUGUCAGAUGGCUAGGACCAGAGUCCACUGAGCAAGCCCAAAGGAUCAGAUCAGUACACGUUCAUGACGCAGCAGCAGGACUUGCAAUGGUGUGGCAGAGACUAGAACAAUGCUAUGGAUCACCUGAAGUGAUCGAGGAUGCUCUUCUGAAAAGGAUAGAAAACUAUCCAAGAAUAACAAAUAAGGAUUACCAAAAGCUGAGAGGUUUGGGAGACCUACUCUUAGAAAUAGAAGCCGCUAAGUCUAGUGGAUAUCUGCCAGGUCUCUCAUAUCUGGAUACAGCACGUGGAGUUGAGCCCAUAAUCGAGAAACUUCCUUACAACUUGCAAGAAAGGUGGGUAGCUCAAGCUUCAAGAUACAAGAAAGAUCAUCAUGUUGCAUUUCCACCAUUCGCCUUCUUCGCUGAAUUCAUAGAAGACCAAGCUGAAAUACGCAAUGACCCAAGCUUUGCUUUCCUGAACAAGAGAACGGCAAGCUUCCCAAAGGUAGAGCAGAAACCUCCAGGGCUUUACAAAGAACGCAGAGCAACAGUUUCUGUAAGGAAGACAGAAGUUCCGCCUGAAUCUGCAGCUAAUCAGGAAGACAACACAAGGAAGAAAGUUGAGGAGUCAGACAAAAUAUGUCCUAUCCACAAUAAGCCUCAUCCACUAAGAAAAUGUCGCAGUUUCAGAAGUAAGACGUUAGAAGAGCGCAAAGCUUAUCUUAAAGACAAUCGCAUUUGUUUCAGAUGCUGCGCUUCAAUUCAGCAUCUUGCAAAAGACUGUACAAAAACAAUACAAUGCACAGAGUGUAACAGUGACAAACACUUGUCAGCACUGCACCCGGGACCACCACCAUGGAAACAAGAAGUUCAAGCAACUCAAGAAGAUCAUGGUGGGGAGCAAGGAGAGAGUGCAACGCCAGCAGUAAGCUCAAAGUGCACUGAGAUCUGUACAGAGCAGGGCCGCUCAAGAUCGUGCUCCAAGAUAUGCUUAGUCAAGGUGUAUCCAGCAGGUUUUAGAGAAAAAGCAAUCAAGAUGUACACAGUCAUGGAUGAACAGAGUAACAGAUCUCUGGCAAAAACAGAAUUCUUUGACCUCUUCGGUGACAAAGGAAGUCCAACUCCAUACACCUUGAAGACUUGUUCUGGAGUUGUAGAGACAAUAGGGAGAAGAGCAAAUAACUACAUCAUCGAGUCUUUAGAUGGAAAGACAAAGGUGACUCUACCUACCCUGAUAGAAUGCGAUGAGAUACCAGACGACAGGUCAGAGAUACCCACACCUGAAGUUGCUCGUCAUCACCCUCAUCUGGUGCGAAUAGCAGACCAAAUACCAGCACUAGAUCCAGAUGCUGCAAUCACCCUUCUACUUGGGAGAGAUAUUCUCAGAUUGCACAAAGUCAGAGAACAGUACAAUGGGCCACACAAUGCACCAUUUGCACAACGCCUUGAUCUCGGAUGGGUCAUCGUUGGAGAAGUAUGUCUAGACGGACUGCACAAACCAUCAAAGGUAAAUGUCUACAGAACACAUCUGUUGCAGAAUGGUCGUACGUCUUGUCUUUGCCCAUGUACCAACAGUCUACACAUUAAAGAGAGAUUAGAUAACCCAACACAUCAUCGGAGUAUCCAGAGGUGCAUGGAAGACUUAGCCUCAACUGGAAAUACAGAUGAACUGGGUUGUAAGGUGUUUGAAAGAACACGAGACGACGACAAGCCAGCACCCUCGGUAGAAGAUACCCUCUUCCUCGAGAUCAUGGACAGAGAAGUCUACAGAGACAAGUCAGGCAGCUGGGUAGCCCCUCUACCCUUCCGGUCACCACGCCAUCGCCUUCCUGUCAACAAGGUACAAGCAGAGAAACGCUUCAGUUUGUUGCAGCGCACUCUACAAAGAAAGCCAGAUAUGAAGAAACACUUCCAAGCCUUCAUGCAAAAGAUUUUUGACAACGAGCAUGCAGAAAGGGCACCACCACUACAAGAAAACCAAGAACACUGGUACUUACCAAUAUUUGGAGUGUAUCAUCCUCAAAAACCAGGUCAGAUACGUGUAGUAUUUGACUCUAGUGCGAAGCACGAAGGCAUCUCACUAAAUGACGUCCUUCUCAGCGGACCUGACCUGAACAACACACUCCUUGGAGUACUCAUCAGGUUCAGGAAAGAACUUGUAGCAGUAACAGCAGAUGUACAACAGAUGUUCUACUGUUUCUUCGUUCGAGAAGAUCACCGAGACUACUUAAGGUUCCUGUGGUAUGCAGACAAUGACUUUAACAAAGACAUCAUAGAGUACAGGAUGAAGGUACAUGUGUUUGGAAACAGCCCUUCCCCAGCUGUAGCUAUCUACAACCUGAAACGAGCAGCACAGCAAGGUGAAAGACAUGGUCAAGAAGCCAAACAGUUCGUCAUGAAGAACUUUUACGUGGACGAUGGACUUGCUUCUUUCUCCAGCAACGAAGAAGCUAUUAACGUCUUGAAAAGUACAAAAGAAAUGUUGGCAGAAUCCAACAUAAGAUUGAACAAGGUAGCUUCCAACAGCUACAGAGUCAUGGAAGCAUUUCCAAUGGAAGACCGUGCUAAAGACCUCAAAGACUUAGAUCUAGGAACAGAAUCACCACCCUUGCAAAGAAGUCUUGGGCUUAGUUGGGACUUAAAGACUGACAGUUUCACCUUCAGGGUCUCCAGAGAAGAGAAACCAUUCACAAAAAGAGGUGUCCUAUCUACAGUCAACAGUCUUUAUGACCCCCUGGGAUUCGUAGCACCAAUCAUCAUGCAAGGCAAAGCUUUUUUGAGACAGAUCACUACUGAGCAGGAACAAAUUGACUGGGACGUACUUCUUCCUGACGAGAAGCGAAUGCAGUGGAAGGUGUGGAAAGACUCAUUGUUAGAGCUUGAACAACUCUACAUUUCAAGACCGUACGUAUUUGUUUCCUUGUCUGCUACAAAGAGGAGAGAAUUAUGCGUAUUCUCUGACGCUUCCACUAUGGCUAUUGCAGCUGUAACUUACCUCAGGGUAAUAGACACUGAGGGACAAAGCCAUGUUGGGUUCAUCAUGGGAAAAUCUAAACUAGCUCCCAGACCUGCUCACACUGUCCCACGUCUAGAACUUUGUGCUGCUGUCUUAGCGGUAGAGAUGGCAGACAUGAUUACGACUGAACUGGACAUUGAGAUCCAUGCAGUGAACUUUUAUACGGACAGCAAGAUUGUGUUAGGAUAUAUUCACAACUCUUCAAAAAGAUUUUACACAUACGUGACCAACAGAGUGACACGUAUCAGAAAGUCUACAAGUCCAGAUCAGUGGCAUUACAUCAGCACGGACAAGAACCCAGCGGAUCAUGGGACAAGAUUGGUGUCAGCCGCUGUACUCAAGCAAACUAACUGGUUCGUAGGUCCAUCGUUUCUUGGUAAGCCAGAAAUCAAAGAGACUACUCAGGUAGAGACCUUUCAGCUCAUAGAACCAGAUCAAGACAAAGAGGUAAGACCUCAAGUUGCAGUUUGCAAGACUUUAGUUACCAAAGACAGUCUGGGCGCCCAUAGAUUUGAAAGGUUUUCUAGAUGGAAGUCACUGACUCGUGCAAUCGGAAAACUUAUCUGUCUAGCCAGAUACUCCUCCAGAGCUACUAAUACUGAUCAACGUAGCAACGACCAUCUUGAACAAGCCAAGGUCGCGAUCAUCAAAUGCGUCCAGCAGGAAGUCUUUAAAGAAGAAAUUCAAAGCCUUCUGAAAAAGGAAGAGAUUUCUCGACACAGUUCGCUCAAGAAGUUGAACCCUAUCCUCGACGAAGACGGAGUACUAAGAAUUGGAGGUCGUUUGUCGGCAGCGGAUAUGACUAUCCAAGAGAAACAUCCCUUCAUCAUACCUAAGAAUCAUCACAUCGCUCUUCUUCUGGUAAGACACUAUCACGAGCAAGUUGCACAUCAAGGACGACACUUCACUGAAGGAGCAGUACGGUCAGCAGGAUUGUGGAUCAUAGGAGGUCUAGACGUUUUUGGACCAUGGAACAUCUCUUCUCGCAAGACUAGAGGAGGCAGUGCCGAAAGUAAACGCUGGGCUGUUCUGUUCUCUUGCUUGAGUACUAGAGCAGUUCAUAUUGAAGUGAUUGAAUCUUUAUCCACUUCAAGUUUCAUCAAUGCCUUGAGAAGAUUCUUCUCUAUCAGAGGGCCAGCGAAAUUGAUUCGUUCAGACCGCGGCACAAACUUUAUUGGGGCCUGCAAGGAGUUGAAAAUCAUCUCUACAGACUCUGAAACAGGUUCCUAUCUUCAAGAUCAAGGAUGCACUUGGACUUUUAAUCCUCCACACGCAUCGCAUAUGGGAGGAGCAUGGGAGAGGAUGAUUGGAGUAGCUCGUCGUAUUCUGGAUGCCAUGCUCCUGAAGGUUGGGUCUACUCGCCUCACUCAUGAAGCUUUGACUACACUAAUGGCUGAAGUCGUGGCCAUUAUGAACGCCAGACCUUUGGUUCCAGUGUCUACAGAUCCAGAGAUGCCAUCAGUCUUGACACCCGCAAUGCUGCUGACCCAGAAGAUGGAACCAGUGACAGCUCCCACUGGAGACUUUGACCUCAAGGACUUGUAUACUAAGCAAUGGAGACAAGUUCAAAGCCUUGCGGACAUUUUCUGGAAGAGGUGGAGACAGGAAUACCUGGUGACACUCCAGCCUCGCAAGAAAUGGCAAGAUGACAAACCCAACUUACAAGUUGGAGACAUUGUCUUAUUAAAAGACACUCAGGCCCACAGGAACGAAUGGCCUAUUGGACUCAUUGUGGGGACUGAUCCUAGUGGUGAUGCUAGAGUUAGAAAAGUUGAAGUUAGAAUUGUUAGACAGGGCAUUCCCAAGGUGUAUGCUAGGCCAAUUUCUGAAGUAGUUUUACUUCUGUCCAAAGGUUAGUGGCAUAACCAAUGGUACGCCAGGUGGGGAGUGUGCUGCCUUUGCAAUGUAUAUUACAUGCUUGGCACUCAGUAGUGUCUGUUUCUUUAAGACCCUCCAUUUUCUUGAAGCCUAGAGGCGGGUCUUCUCUGUACUCUCUAGGGCUUGCUGGGACAUAUCCUGUUCAGUCCAGCUCUGGGUACUAUAGUGACCAGAUCCACAGGACAUCUUAAAGCUAUUACAGAUUGCAAACCUGACGAACACCAAAGCCUGUGAGUAAAGGGGUUUUGCUAGUUCAGCUUGUGUAGAGGGAUGUUAGACAUUGCAGAUAGAUAAUGUGUGUUUCAGUGUAGUAAGCAAGCACAUGUUAGUUAGGCCCUAUCUUUUGUAUUAGCUCUGUAUAAUGUAUGUUGCUUGAAUUAGCCAUGCUUAUAUUUCUCUUUUUAUGUUUGUUUCACAGUUUUACCUCACAUAUCAUCCCAUAUCAUAUCAUAUGAACAUUAUUGUACACAUUCCUGUUCAUUAUAUCUCAGUAAAGAUUGCAUCAGUUCAGCAAA